GUCGGACAUGCGCUGAUGAUCAGCUGUGUCUGUGUGUGAAGUAAUUCGCGAUUAUCAUAUCGUCAGCUGAAGGGUCGUCUAUGAAAACCACAACAAGGGGAAACCUCGCCAAUAAACAAAAAGAAAAUAAAUCAUUUCGACGUCCACAAUACCACUGAAAAACUCUCCAAGAUAGGUUCGAGAAUGUCUGUUCGUCGUGCUCGUCAUGCAGGGUCCUGGUACAGUAAUUCAGAGCGAUGUCUAUCUGAUGAGCUUGGGGCGUGGCUGAAUGAUGCAGAGUCUUCCCACCAUGGGCCAGCAAGAGCAAUCAUCUCACCGCAUGCGGGAUACUCAUACUGUGGAGCAUGCGGUGCCCAUGCCUACAAGCAAAUCGAUCCCACCAAUAUAAAGCGAAUCUUUAUACUAGGACCAUCUCAUCAUAUGCAUCUACCAGGCUGUGCUGUUACUAGAUGCAAAACAUACGAGACUCCUUUAUACAAUCUAGUUGUAGAUAUUAAAGUUACCGAGGAGCUUCAUAAAACUGGUCACUUUGAUCUGAUGGAGCUUCGUACUGAUGAAGAGGAACACAGCAUCGAGAUGCAGUUGCCUUAUAUUGCAAAGGCAAUGCAGAGCAAGCAGGGUGAGUUUACCAUAGUGCCUAUUCUAGUGGGCUCAUUGCAGGAGAACGGGGAGAAGAUGUACGGCCAACUCUUCAGUAAAUAUCUGGCUGAACCUGAGAACCUAUUUGUUAUCUCCUCGGACUUCUGCCAUUGGGGUCAUAGAUUCAGUUAUAAAUAUAUAUACAACGAUUCCUCCAAGCCAGAGUGCCAGAUUUACCAGUCCAUAGAAACUUUGGAUAGAAUGGGAAUGCAAAUCAUAGAGAACCUAGACCCAUCUGGCUUCCGUAGUUACCUUAAGACUCAUGGAAACACCAUUUGCGGAAGGCAUCCCAUAGCAGUUCUUCUUAAUGCCAUCCACACCCUGAAAACUCAGAAUGGACGUACCAUGUCGCUAAAAUUCCUGAAUUAUGCGCAAUCCAACCAGUGCAAGAGCAUGAGAGAAAGCUCUGUAAGUUACGCUUCUGCCUCCUUCACAAUGAGCUGAAAGAUGCGUUAUACGGCCAUGUCAUUCACAGAUUGGUGAUCGUUCUCUACCCUUGACCUAGUCUCUGUUCAAGGCGCUCCUGUUUAUUAUCUCACUACUCCUGCGUCUAGUUUCCAUCGCUGAAAGAGUCACCAAUAGAGGGCACUAUCAUCAACGGACUGCUAUCACACAGAGCACAGCUAAAGCGAACUCCCAUAGACCUUAUCGCAAAUACUUGGUAUGCGCGGUGUAGGCGUUGAAUGAGGUGCAUGCUGGUCU